GGCAUGUGGAAGUCGGUAUUGGACUUUUGGAAUUUGGUACGCUUAUUUACGUUUUUGUUGGAGGAGCAGCUCGGUAAUUACCUGCGUAAAGCCCUCCGGCGUUCGUAGACUACACGCCUCGAAUUCGAUCAUUAUUUACGCUCAAGGGAACAAUAAGUGGUAUAAAAGUUAUUAUUAUAAAUCAUAUUACCAUGUUUGACGGUGAACAGAGGGAGGGUGUGAAGACCACUCAUCGUGAGACGGAGGAGUUUAGGCGGACGGCGGUGAGGAGAAAGUCGAAGGGAAUACCGCGGGAGACUGAAGUGUCUCCUAAACCUGCCCAUCUCCAGAGCCCUGGGGAGUGCCCUGUCACGGGGCCAGAAGGAGCUCUACUCACAGGGAAGGGAUCUAGGGGGCUAACGGUCCACAGCCCAGGAAAGUGUCAUGGAACCAGGCCGAGCCACAGCCAAGUGAAGGGGGUACCACCAGGGACCCAGAGCCCAGGAAAGGGACGAGGUGUCCACAGCCCAGGGAAGCGCUCCAAACUAGGAUCUCAGUCCACAGGGAAGGGAGCAGGAUCCAGGCUGAACCAGCUGAGAAGCCCUGGGGCCAGGAUGAAGAGACAUGGUCACAUGGCAGGAUCACCCUGCAGCCUGCCUGACCUCAUUCACCUUGAGGAAAACCAGUCUGUGCUCAGAUCAGCUAACAGCAGCCCAACACAUACCACCACCUCUAUAAGCCUGGACCAGCCUAGAGACCCAGACAGUGGGUCUACCGACAGCUCCCACACAGGACUGGAUGCUCACAGUCCAGACAGGGCAGUAGUAGUGGCUCAUAGGGAGGGCAGAGCGAGGGAAAUCUCUCCCAUAAAUAUGAAUGGUUUGGACCUGAUAAGGGACGCUGUACUGGUCGAUGGCCAUGUAGGAGACGGAGGGAAGGUGGAUACAGGGCUCAACGUGGACCUGUCCCCCUCUCACAGAACUGGGACUGAGGAGGCCAAGCUUCAGGAGAGCUCUACAGAUGAGAAGAAGAUGGAGGGAGGGAGUGAGGAGGUGAGGGUGCAGGACUCCACUGAACAGAAGCUGUAUAAGAUUGCCAACGAGCUUCUGCUCACAGAGAGGGCCUAUGUUGCUCGCCUUCAUCUGCUAGACCAGGUGUUCUGUGCCCGGCUGACUCAGGAGGCCGGUAAAGGCUUGUUCCCUGUAGAUGUGGUGAGGACCAUCUUCUCCAAUAUCUCCUCCAUCCACGCCUUCCACAGCCAGUUCCUACUGCCAGACCUGGAGACGCACAUGGGCCAAUGGUCUGUGAGCCCUCGUCUGGGUGAUGUCAUGCAGCAGCAUGCUCCCUUCCUCAGGAUGUAUGCUGAGUACGUGAUGAGCUUCGACCACGCCAUGGAGCUGCUUAGAGUCUGGACGGAGAGGUCCGCACCAUUCAGGAACGUCAUACAGGAUAUACAGAGUCAGGAGGUGUGUGGUAGUCUGACCCUGCAGCACCACAUGUUGGAGCCGGUCCAGAGACUACCUCGUUAUGAGAUGCUGCUGAGAGACUACCUCAAGAGACUGCCUGAUGAUGACUCGGACCACAGUCAUGCAGAGAAGUCUCUGCAGGUCAUCUCCAUGGCAGCAACGCACUCCAACAGUGCCAUCCGCCAAUCAGAGAAUCUGAAGAAGCUGCUGGAGAUCUACGAGAUGUUGGGGGGGGAGGAGGAGGACGUGAUGAACCCCUCCAAUGAGUUCAUCCGGGAGGGACGCAUCCUGAUGCUGGCUGCCAGGCACUCCGCCAUGGAGCGACACCUCUUCCUGUUAAACAACAUGCUGCUGUGCUGCACUCCUCGGUUCAGCCUGGGGGGGCAGCGUUUCACCGUGCGGACACGGAUUGACGUGGAGGGCAUGACGGUGCAGCGCACCACCAACGAACACCACCCCCACACCUUCCAGGUAUCUGGCAAGGAGAGGACCCUGGAGAGAACCCUGGACCUACAGGCCAGGUGA